AUGGAGCUCAAAAUACUACAAUUGCUACUGUUUCUGAGCAUGAAACAAUUGGUUUCUGCUGAAAUUAGGUGUAUUGAGAGUGAGAGACAAGCUCUAAUCAAGUUUUCAGGUAAUCUUAGUGGGUUAACGUGGGGAAGUGAAGAAGAUAAAGGGGAAUGUUGCGAUUGGGAUGGCGUGUUUUGCACCGACACUGGUCAUGUAUUCUCUCUCGAUAUAUCUGGUAUGUAUUUAAGAGGUAAGAUAAGUCCAGCAUUGCGAGAGUUGCAGCACUUGAAACAUUUGUCCCUCGCAAACACUAAUUUAACAAUUGAUAACCUUAAUUGGCUUUCUGAUAUUUCUUCGUUAUCUUAUCUCGACUUGAGUGGUGUUAACCUCAGAGUUGUAACCAACUGGUUACAGCCAAUAGCAAAGCUAUCUUCGCUUGCGGAAUUGUACAUGUCAGGCUGUCAACUCCGCGACCCCAUGUCUGCAUUUGAUGUCUUUGCAAAUUCUUCUUUGUCUAACCUUUCAACUCUUGAUCUAUCCCACAAUGAUUUCACUUCCUUUGACUCAUUGUUUAACUUCAGUAGAGUUCAUACUGUCCUCGACCUCCUUAUAAUCAGCUAG